AUGAAAAACGUUCCUGCUGUAGCUAUAUUUUACGUUGCCUUGUGCUUUCUUUAUAUAUUUAACGGGGGUAAAUGCGACAAACUUUACAAGCUAGGGCAGAACCCCAUCCCAUGUUCAGAAUGCAAAGAUAUACAUAAUUGUAAUGCUUGUUUGUUUGAAGAGAAUGAAUCAUCUCACGCAAUACAUUUAAAAUUAAAUAAAAAAAAUAAAACUGAUCAUAGUAAUUUGAAAAAACAUCACGAUUCGUUAAAACUAGGUAAUGUAAAAUACUAUGUAAAAAGAGGAGAAGGAAUUUCGGGAAGUCUGGGUAAUGGCUCCGGAAAUACGUUAGACAAUUUACAUGUUGUUUAUGAUGAGAUAAAAAAUAGUAAAGAGCGUGAAAAAGAUAGUGAAAAGGAGCGUAAUAAAGAGCGUAAUAGAGAGCGUAAUAAAGAGCGUAAUAGAGAGCGUAAUAAAGAGCGUAAUAGAGAGCGUAAUGAAGAGCGUAAUGAAGAGCGUAAUGAAGAGCGUAAUAGAGAGCGUAAUGAAGAGCAUGAUGAAGAGCAUGACCUGAAAAAUAAAAACUUUUUAGAUUUUACCAAGUACAAAGGGGACGGGGAACUGCCCGACCACCUGUCAGGGGUCCAAAGGCACGAAUAUUUUGAAAAAAAAAAGAGUACCAGUGAUGGUGGUGGUGAUAAUACCAGUGGUAGUAGCGCCAGAGCCGGUGAUGGUAGUGCAGAUAGGAAUGAUAGUCGUGGUAACGCUAGCACUGACACUAGUAGCGACCUCAACGCUAACCGCUACACUGACCACAAUAUGACCCCCAAUGAGAGCAAUUCAGAGCUCGAAAAGAAUUUCAUAGACCUAAAGAACCAAACUGCAACCGUGGAGAGAACUGAGGAGAACGUAUUCUUAGUGCCUCUAAAGCAUCUGAGGGAUAGCCAAUUUGUGGGUAAAUUAUUAGUUGGUACUCCGCCUCAAGAAAUACAUCCAAUAUUUGACACAGGAAGUACAAACUUAUGGGUUGUAACAACAGAAUGUGAACAAGAUUCUUGUAAAAAAGUAAAUAGAUAUAAUCCUCAUAUGUCUAAAUCGUUUAGAAGAUAUUUCAUUGGUAAAAAUUUACACAUAGUUUUUGGUUCAGGUUCAAUUACUGGUUCAGUUGGAAAGGAAACUUUUAUAUUAGGCGAUCAUAUUGUACGUAAUCAAACAUUUGGAUUAGUUGAAAGUGAGUCUAAUGAUAAUUUGGCAGGAGAAAAUAUAUUUGAAUAUAUAGAUUUUGAAGGUAUUGUUGGCUUAGGAUUUCCAGGAAUGUUAUCUGCUGGGAAUGUUUCUUUUUUUGAUAAUUUAUUAAGUCAAAAUAAAAAUGUAUUUCCACAAUUUUCCUUUUAUAUAUCUCCCUAUGACGAAACAUCUACUUUCAUAGUUGGAGGAAUAAGUAAAUCUUUGUAUGAAGGUAAUAUUUAUAUGAUACCAGUAAUUAAAGAAUAUUACUGGGAAGUACAGUUAGAUGCUAUAUAUGUAGGUGAUAAAAAAUUAUGUUGUAAUGAAAAAAGCUAUGCCAUAUUUGAUACCGGAACGUCCUAUAAUACUAUGCCUAGUUCAAAAAUAAAUUCUUUUUUCGAAUUGGUGAGCUCUAUUUCAUGUAAUGAGAAUAAUUAUAAAGACAUUUUAAAGAAUUAUCCAACUAUUAAAUACGUCUUUGGAGAUUUAGUUAUAGAACUAUUACCAGAGGAAUAUAUGGUAUUAAAUGAGGAUACUUGUAUACCUGCAUAUAUGCAAAUUGAUGUACCUUCGGAAAAAAAUCAUGCUUAUUUACUUGGUAGUAUAGCCUUUAUGAGGCAUUACUUUACUGUCUAUAUGCGCGGAAAAGAAGGAAAACCCUCCAUGGUUGGAAUUGCAAAGGCUAGAAAGGGCGCAUAG